CAUUGAUCACUUCUUCAUGCACGUCUUCUUCUUCUACUACUACUUUGCCUCUUUCCCCGGCCAACUUAUGAGAGGAAAUUGUCAAAUGCGUCAUCACCCUAUUCUCAAACUUUUCUAUAACUUCAUCCUUUCCUAUACUCCUUGCACUUGUCAAUCUUCAAGCUCUAAACUUCUUGAUUUGCACAUCAUGAGAGAGGAGGGUUUAAAUACACAUUUGGUUCCUUCAUGUGAUAAAAGAUCUCACCAUUCUUCAUCGGUAUCAACGACUUGCAAGAGCGUCGGGUUUUUGGGUUGUGCUCGGUUGAGGCCUCCACCGCAUUUACAAUGAAGAGGGUGAAGUUCCCAUUAUCGUCAAGUGGAGUGCGGAAUAAUAGCAAGGUGACGGUGUAUUGCAGUGUGAGGAUGAAGAUGUGGAUUAUGAGGGGUAUCACUAUAUUGCUGUUGUGGACUUGCUUUGCUCAGUUGUCUGCCAUUGGAGAAGUUUGGGGCUCUAAGCUCCUCCUCCUCAAGACUUGGCCUUCUCGGAACCAUUUUCAUUCCAAGAGUAAUGAUAAUAAUAAUGUGUCUCAUGAUCAUCUUCUCCAACCAAUUCCAACCUCAUUUCUUUCCUCAAUGAGAGAAGUUCACAACAACAAUGGCUACCUAGUAGUUUCUUGUAAUGGUGGGCUUAAUCAAAUGCGAGCUGCAAUAUGCGACAUGGUUGCCAUUGCACAAUACUUAAAUGUCACUCUUAUUGUGCCAGAGCUCGACAAAACUUCCUUCUGGUCUGAUCCAAGUGAUUUUGAGGACAUAUUUGAUGUUCAUCAUUUCAUUGAAUCGUUGAAGGAUGAAGUUCAUAUCCUCAGAGAGCUACCUCCUAGACUUAAGCGGGGGGUACAACUUGGAAUGUUUUACGAGUUGUCACCUGUGAGCUGGUCAAACCUUUCAUACUACCAUGAUCAAGUACGUACGGUACCUCCUGAUUCUUCCGCAGAUAAAAAAGUAUGAAGUUGUACGGUUCAAUAGAACUGAUUCAAGGUUGGCCAACAAUGGAUUACCUCUGGGGAUUCAGAAGUUGCGAUGCAAAGUGAACUUCAGUGCUUUGAGGUUCUCUUCUCACAUAGAAGAAUCUGCUCAGAAAGUUAUCAAGAUUUUGAGGCAAAAUGGCCCUUAUAUGGCACUCCAUCUUAGGUAUGAAAUGGAUAUGUUAGCCUUCUCUGGGUGCACCCAUGGUUGCAGCGAUGAAGAGGCAGAUGAGCUUACUAGAAUGAGGUAUUCUACUAAACGAUGGAAGGAGAAAAUCAUAAAUUCUGAAUUAAAGAGGAGAAAAGGGCUCUGCCCAUUGACACCUGAAGAAACUGCUCUGACUCUUCAAGCCUUGGGAAUCAAUCCCAGUUUUCAAAUAUACCUAGCAUCUGGAGAAAUAUAUGGUGGACCAAGAAGACUGCAAAAUUUGUUUGCAGCAUUUCCAAAUAUGGUCAGGAAGGAGACCCUGCUUGAACCUUUAGGACUGAGGCUAUUCAAAGGACAUCAAUCACAGAUGGCAGCAUUAGAUUACCUUGUCUCACUAGAGAGUGAUAUCUUUGUUCCAACCUAUGCUGGAAACAUGGCCAGAGUUGUUGAAGGCCACCGCAGGUACUUAGGUUUCAGGAAGACUAUUCUACUAGACAGGAAAGUUAUAGUUCGCUUAACAGACCAAUACAAGGCUGGUAAUAUAACAUGGGGUCAAUACUCAUUGGUCAUGAAGAAAACUCACAUAAACAGAACAGGGAAACCCA